AUGUUUGAUAUGGUCGCUCACGCUCAACCGUUGGCGCUGCCGCCGCCGACGGCUGCGCCCGCGUCGACGGGCCCGCUGCACGCCGCGCCGCGCACCAUCGUCAUCCAGCGGCCCGACGCGAGGCACGGCUUCGGGUUCACGCUGCGACACUUAGUUGUGUACCCGCCGGAGUCGCUGCAGGAGUUAUACGAGGAUGCGCGUCACCUGGCCGUGGGCGCGGUCGGCGCGCCAAUGGACACGAUCUUCGUAAGGUCGGUGCGGCCGGGCGGGCCGGCGGCGGCGGCGGGCCUGCGCGCCGGCGACCGGGUGCUGGCCGUCAACGGCGAGCCCGUCGCUUGCGGCCGCUCUAGGGCGCCGUACGCCAGGGUGGUGCAGCUGGCGCAGAGGGAGCCCAGGACGCUUAAGCUUACAGUAGUGCCGAGGGACCACGACUUGUUGCAACGGGUGAGUGUUGCUCUAUUACAGCACCGGGUGCUGGCCGUCAACGGCGAGCCCGUCGCUUGCGGCCGCUCUAGGGCGCCGUACGCCAGGGUGGUGCAGCUGGCGCAGAGGGAGCCCAGGACGCUCAAGCUUACAGUAGUGCCGAGGGACCACGACUUGUUGCAACGGGGAGACCAGGACGCUCAAGCUUACAGUAAUGCCGAGGGACCACGACUUGUUGCAACGGGUGAGUCUUGCUCUAUUAUAGCACUGGGUGCUGCCGUCAACGGCGAGCCCGUCGCUUGCGGCCGCUCUAGGGCGCCGUACGCCAGGGUGGUGCAGCUGGCGCAGAGGGAGCCCAGGACGCUCAAGCUUACAGUAGUGCCGAGGGACCACGACUUGUUGCAACGGUAUUUCAGCGAAGCCGCGUACAACCCAGAAUCGAACCAGCGGCAACUAGAGAUGCCGGCCCCGGUGACGGAGCACGAGUCGCGGCUGUUCGACGCAUACCGCAGGCCUAGGGCUGCGCUGCCGGCCCCCCAAGCGCCGGCCAGGCUGCGCGACGACCCCGAGUAUGCGACGGUGGCGUCGCUCGCGCCGACGAGGUUCGACGCGAGAUUGGCCGGACCGCAGUACUAUCUUUUGCAUGACAGCAGACGGGAAUCCGAUACGUCGUUGCCUUCGUCAGCUGCCGAGAGCAAAGAUAGCCUUGGCUCCUUCGAUUCGAACUCAACGCUUACUGGCCGAGAACUCGACGACUCGAUCAUCUUAUCCCGAAUACGCAAAAGUCUCGAGCAAAAAGAGGCUUUUCUCCGACGACCGAGUCAGCCGACCGGUUGGGUCACCCCUGACGCUCCACCGCCGAUCAAGCAGAAGGAAUUCUAUGCUCGACCACAGAAACUACAGAAGCCAGCAUGGCCGCCACCUGCGGCGUCCCCUCCCCUCGCCGCCUCACCCCCUCCCACACACCAGGAGAACCAGGAACAGAAGAAAGAGGAAUGCUCCGCGAGCGUAGACAGCGGGACCUACAGCGGCUACGGGGAGGUGAACGGAACACACAACGACCGAGGCAGGUUAAAACAGGACAAGAAUCAGUUUGUGUCGACCCUAUCGAAGAUUCAAGAAACGGCGCCUAGUAUUCAGAGCAAUAAUGUUGGAACUGUCACAAAUGGAGACAAAGAAGACCCGAAUAAUCAGGAUAACAGAUACCCAGUACCAGAGCUGCAACUAGUGACGGCGCGGACUCGGCAACUAGAAGAAGCUCGUGGAGGCGGCGAAAGGCGCACAGAAGUGGCUCGCAGCGAGUUGGCGCGUCUCUCCACCACUCGUCUGGAACCCAGCGUGGCGCUGCGACGCAAGGAGUUCGAGACGCGAGCGGCCAGGCGCGAGGCGAGAUCGCUGGACGUACAACCGCAACAUGAUGUGGACGAUGCGACACCCCUGGGCGGCAGUCUGUGCGGCAACCAGCUCAUGAUCACCGGCAGCAAGCACCUUCAUUGCCCACCUCCAGAAGGAUAUGUGCCCGAAACAGAAAAGGUUCAAAUGCGAACAAGGUCAAAUAGUACCGGUAGUGAAGGAUUACCCAUCAGAAGACAACAUGCCACAGAUGGCAGUCACGCGAAGAGGAGAAUGGGGCUGAACAGGGAGCAAAUGGAGGCCAUGAACCGUGUGUCGCUGCCCGGGGCGAGCGGGCCUGAGAGGCCCACGCAGCUGAGCCUGGCGCCGCCGUCGGCGUCGACCUCGCCAUCGCCCACGCCGAGUACACCCGCCGACUCAGGUUUUGCCGAUGACUUGGUCACGAGAAGACAGAAAAAGGAUGCCCAACUUGGUGAAGAAGAAAGAGCAAUGCGAAGGGUGUCGUAUCUAAAAGCCACGUGGGGAGACCGGUUGCACCUCGACAGCGAUGUGGAGCCCGACGCAGACCACGCCCUCAGAAAUUCAGAGAAGAAGGGAGAAGGGACAGUAGAGGCUGUGCCGGCCGAAGGAGACGUCCAGGGGAAUGUGCAAGUCAAGAUGGUGGUGAGCAAUGGGAAGCGAGCAAGUGACAGAUCGUGGAAGCAAGUGUGGGGGGUGCUCCACGGGACGAAGCUGUAUCUGUACCGGCACCAUCCCAGUCAGAGCCCCGGUGCUGUGAGCGGCUCAGCUGCGGACGCGCAGAGCGGGUCACGUGACGCGCUGGACGUGCGCUACUCGCUGGCAGCGCUCGCUGAUGACUACACCAAGCGCAAGCACGUCGUCAGGGUCACCACCGCCGCCGGCGCCGAGCUGCUGCUGCAGGCUGACGGCGCGACAGACGCACAGCGCUGGUUAGCGGCGCUGCGAAGACAUUCAGCGGAGCCUCCGCCCGCGGACCCCGCGCCGCAGCCCGCGCCGCCCACGCAACCGGCGCCCGCGCAGCCCGACUGCACUGCCUCGCCGCUGCCGCCGCAGCGCAGCAAGAAGAUCGGGAGAAAUAGAUCGCCUACAGGUCCACCAACGCCAACGCUUCCCUCGUCGCCCAAGAACAAGACGUGGAAGGGGCGCAUGGCGAAGCAGCUGCGGCGCAUGCAUGGAGGCACCAGCACGGCCCCGGCACCUUCCGGCUGGUUGGGGGCGCCGUUGGAGCGCUGUCCCUCUGAUCCGGAGCACCCGCUCGUGCCUAAGGCGGUCACGCUGCCGGCACAGGCUGUCGAGGCGUACGGUCUCCGCACAGUAGGCGUGUACCGCGUGCCAGGCAACGCAGCGGGCGUGGCGGCGCUAGCGGCGGCUUUAGACCGCGGCGAGCCCCCGCCGGCGGGAGACGCUCGCUGGGCCGACGUGCAUGUAGCCUCUUCGUUACUGAAGGCCUACCUGCGUCGGCUACCCGACCCUCUGCUCACUGCUGAGCUCUACCCAGCUUUUAUUGUCAUUUGUGGCGCGACGGCGGCGUUGGAUCGUGGCGGCGACGCACGCUGGGCCGACGUGCAUGUAGCCUCGUCGUUACUGAAGGCCUACCUGCGCCGGCUACCCGACCCCCUGCUCACUGCUGAGCUCUACCCAGCCUUUAUUGCGGCGGACCGGUCACCAGAGCGCGCGCGUCAACUACGGCGGUUAGUGCGCGCACUACCGGACGCGCACUACGAGACACUAAAGUACUUAGUGCAGCACCUACGCCGCGUGGUGGCGCUGGCGCCGCAUAACAAAAUGGAGGCGCGUAACUUGGCCAUUGUGUUCGGGCCGACUCUCGUGCGAGCCGCGAGCGAUGACAUGCUGGCCAUGGUCAAUGACAUGUCCAGCCAGUGCCGCAUCAUAGAGUCCUUCUUGACGCAUUACGAUUGGUACUUCGAGGAGGAGGAGGGCGACCCGCCGCACGACCCGCCGCCGUCGGCCGAGGAGCUGUCGCCCGCGCCGGCGCCCUCGCGCGACCUGCUCAUACAUAAUGUUAAGAAAAUUGAAGGUAAAGACGUAUCAACCCGCGACAUCGUAUCUUCAAUCAUAUCAGCCGCCAACCGCAAGAUUCAGCGCAAGCCGCGCUCCAAGACAGCCGACAAGAAGUGGGUGGAGCCCGACAAAAGCCGCGCGGAGGCGUCGCCGGGCGCUUCGCCCCCGCGGUCGCCGCUCACGUCGCCGCCGGCGCAUCUGACAACGUCACUAGCGGAGUACGACGGCCUGCCGCACAGAUACUCCGGCCAGCACGAGAGUGUUAACAAAAUCGAAAUAGAAACAAUGGCAGCGUUAAGAAGCGGGCGCAAUGAAACCUUCUCCAUAGAUGGGGCCGGUGACCUCGUGUCGUCCCUGACCAGCACGUUCGACCAGAAACUGCGGACGCUGAACAACUCGUCGCCGCUCGACGACGGCAGCAUCCCGUACGCGGACGAAUGCCAGGAGGAGCCCGAGGAGGCCAAGUCCAGCGACAGCGGCUCGCGGUCCGACGCGUCGUCGCGCGCCUCGCCCGCGUCGCCCGCGGCGCGCGCGCACGAGCUGAAGGCGGCCUGGCUCGCGCGGGACACGCGCCACUCCUCCUCCAGCAGCGACGAGCCCGAGCGAUGGCCGCGCCGCCGCCGCGACGACCCCGACGACUCCGAGAAGGAGAACUGCACAAACGUCGUCCCCGCGCCCGCCCGCGAGCGCGCCGCCUCGCCGCCCGGCCGCGUGCUGCGCUCCGAGAGCCUCAACUGCCGCGCCGCCGACUGGCCCGGCGUGCGCCGCCGCGAGCCCGCCAGCCGCUCCACCAAGCUCAAGCGCAAGAACGGCAUGCCCGAGCGCGGCAUCAAGCGCCGCCACACCGUCGGCGGCACCAAGGACUUCGACAAGGACGGCUGGAGCGCGCGCCACACGCGCACGUCGUCGCCCGACCUCACGGCCGGCGCCUGGCCGCAGCCGCUCGUGCCGCCGCCGCGCCCGCCGCUCGAGUCGCACGUGUGACCCGCGCGGGCCCGCCCACGCGCCCGGCACUCGCACUCGCUCUGAGGCCGAGUCGGCGGCUCGCACUCGGCUGGUGCUUCGACGGAUUUCUUUUGUGUGCUCCCACGAGACGCGCCUCGCCGGCCCGGGGAGGCCGCGGGAGCGUCGCGCUCGUUCUGCUGACCCUCACCUUGACCGGUACCGAAACGACACUGACAGUUCGACGCUUUCGACCAGAGAGAGGCUAUUAUUUUGAUUUGAUUCAAUCGACUGAGUAGAUUAGGUCACAAAUAUUCAUAGAGCUAUACCUGUUAUCUAAAUAUACAAACGAAUACUCAACUCGUGUAAGUCAACGAUGAACGAUGUGAAUUUUAAAUUCCCUGUAUUCAAAUCUUCAACUUUAUCAUGUGUAACGAAGCGUAGGUUAAUUUUAUGUAUGAUAAUAUACAAAGCGAAAGUGAUUCAUAAAUUUUAUUAUAUUAACAGUGCAAUACGGUUAACGUCGUGUAGUAGAAUUAUUUCUAAAAUGAAAAGAAUUUGUUAGUGGAAGCCUAAAAGAACUUAGCUCACUAAAUAAUGCCAAAGAAUGAUAAUGAAACUGACAAUUGAGUAUGAAGUGUGCGGCGCGCCCCGGCGCGGCGCGGCGGACUAGCUCGUGUGCUGUGGAACUUCAACGAAGCAACCAUAUCAAGGAAAUGAACACACCUAUAAGAAUAGCAAAAUAUUGUAUUGUGUAUGUACAUAACUACCAUUGUCAUUAGAUUGUUCGCAAACUACACGUUUGUAGCUCGACUCCCUUUGUAGGUACUGAACUACUUUUUACGGAGUCGCUGUAGGACAUGAGAGUGCAAAUGAAAUGCAUAAUAUACAUUAAAUUAGUGCUACUAGAGUUAUAGUUAGUACAGACAAUGAAAUUUUAUUAGAUAAUAUUGCCCUCGGGCGUAAUUUUAAUGAUAAGUGAUACAACCCAUGAGGGUACAGAAUAUAUGACCAGACAUUAUAACACCACUUAAUUUAAGUAAUGCGUAGGUAUAUUCGUAGGUAGCUCGGAAUAGAAAUUUCAAUAGUGAUUAUCAAAUAAUAUUAUGAAAAAUGCGUACAUCACCUACUUGCCUUUACAAUAGUUGUAGCUGAUUUGAAUUUUAUGCACAAUUAUAUUCUCAAUUUAAUAAAUAUUUUACGGAUAUUAAAGUUACCUGUAGUCUCCCUAAUUAAACUUUUUGAAUAUUAUUCUGGAGCAUAAGAUUUCCCAUUAUUGAUAGGAGACGACAAGCAAGUAGAAUGUAAAGCUUCGGCAUAGAGUAACGAUUGUAAAUAGUAACGCAUUACAUGAACUUAUUAUUACAUUUAUAUUCGCUAUGUUACAAUAUGUUUAUCCAAUAGCGUCUAAUGCGACUAACUGACGUAACACUACAUUACAGUGAUAAUGAUGAAAGUGAUCCCUUUAGCUUUGUAAAAAUUGUACAUUUCUUUUACGAUUAAUUUAUAUUAAAUUUGUUAUUGUAGCUUUGUUGAAUGCAAUUAUUUUUUAUUGUUUUGUUUAUGUAUCAAAGAGAAGUAUUUUAGGCUAAAUUCAAUUGUUAUUUAUUUUCGGAAGCUGUAAAAUGUGAUUUGGCACAAUUUCCUUUUAUAAAAUUGUAAUUAUUCUUGUAAAUAUUUUGUCCUAAAAUGAUGUUUGACUUUCGUUCUUUAACUUUUUUUAAAUUUUAUACCAUCUUUACGUUAAGACGAUCUCAAGUUUGUUGAAUGUUUGCAAAGCGUUCCUUUUAAAGUUUUAUUUGUAAAUAUAUCAUUUAAUGUAGGAACAGUGAAUUUACUAAUUUUACUGAAUAUUCUAAGUAGAGGAUAGGCGGCAGUAGCGGCGUGCGCCCGCGCCGAGUCCGCUUGCAAAACAUUUGUAUUCAAACAAUCUAUUCAUGUUCUUCGUGUAAUCAACUAUGAACUUAAAAAUAACCACCUAUUAAAGACAUUUGCAAAUGUGUAAACUUAUCCAGGUUUACGAUAUACUUGUCAUUGUGUAUAUUUUGGAGCAAUGGAAAUAAAAUAUUGAAUCAUUUAAAA